AUGGAUAUAUCUUUGGCGAGGCACGUGAUGACGGACUUGCGACCACCAAUCCAUCCGGUCAAGGUGCUCCCAACCAAAAUGGGGGAGGCCGACCGGUUGAGUCGCACCCGCGCAGCGGUGUGGAUCUACGGUUCAUCGACCCUGCUGACCAUGUUGUGUUUGAAGUUGCAAAGUCAACGGUGCCGUCAGCGUCGUGUCCAACCAGAGGAAGCAGAGCAUGCAGAGCCACUGCUUGAAAGUUCUCGGGCACUUUCUCUCGAGGCCAAAGAGGUCAGCGCAAAACCGGCAGAAGCCAAAGAGCAAGAUGCUGAACGCGAGCAUCGCCUCACAGUUGGCUUUGUUGUCUACCACAUGACUUAUACAUAUUUGGGCCUCAUACUGGUGUUUUGGGCUUGUCGCAAAAACUAUCUCAAUGUCUAUGGUUUGGACUGGGAGCUUUAUUCCUUCUGGUUUGUCGAGGCUGCUGCUACGCAUUUGAUUUGCAGAGCUCCGCCACAGAAAUUCCUGAGUUCGAUCUGUCCCAUUAUCAGUGAACGUUAUGACCUCGUAAAGGACACCGUGUCCGUUGGUAUUUAUGCCAACCUGGGCCACACUGUGGGAUAUGUGGGAGAUGUCUUUGGUCAGCAAAGGUGCUCCGCCAUUGUGAUCCUCACCAUGAUUGUGCCGAAUUUGAAUAACUACUUGAACCCAGUCACAGAGGAGCUGAUGAGAGCAUCCUAUUGGCCGUUGCCAAGGGAUGGGGGUCAAAAAGGUGUAAAUUCGGGUACGGCUACGGAUGAAGAGACAUCGAAAAGAACCUCUUUCUUUCACAAAAUGAUGGUGAUGUGUGUAAAACAAGUGGAGGAAGCAACGCGAGAGCACCGCAGAAUGCUUUGCCUUCUGGAGGAUUUACCACAGCUUUCGGUGGCCUUGUUCUUUACGGGCUAUUCUUACUACACAGAAGGUGCCGCCAUCUCACCCUUCAUUGUUGUGAACAUCUGCGUGGCCUUGUCCAAGACGAUUUGUAUAUUCGUGGGCAGACCCAUCUGUUUGACCUGGAUGGCCAUGAACGGUGUGCCUUGGCCCCUCAGGUGCAUCUCCAGGAACAAUGUGCAGGACGUCCUGAGGAUUUGCCAUUAUCACUACACAAAUGCUCUAUCGGAGCAUGCAGAGGACCCACGGAUGCACAUCUUAGGGGAGAUUUUACGAUCAGAUGAGGCAGCCAGAGGGGCCCGGCAAGCAGCUGAGCAAUACCUUUGGAGCAGAGUGCAGGAGAAGGCCUCCAAUGGUUUGCCCCUUGUCCGCUCAGACUCCGGGGUUGAGAUAGACAUUGUGCAACAUGUGGAGGGUACGCGCAUGCGUGAAGCUGUUUUGGCGUACUGUGCCAGCACAGAGAUCAGCUUUCACGAAGCGGAAGCUUUGCAGAAGAAGUGGGAGACGUUUUCAUUCUUUCAGAACAGUGAUUUACUCACCUUGCGAGGGAUCAAUGAGGGGAGCAUUGACCUUAACAACAGCAAGGCUGUCAGACCAGAUGAGCUCGGGGAAUUGGCACGACCAUUGACACAGACAUUUUUGAAUCUCUUGACGACGGGAAGCCCCAGAGACCAAGAACGUGCCUUCAAAAUCCUGGGCAGAAUUGGUACGGAGGAGACUGCUGUUGCAGUACUCUCCGUUUGCAAGCCAGAGAUUUUCUCACACAAAGAUCACAUGAUGCGCGAAGCUGCUUGCCGGUCUAUGGUCAUGGUUUCAUGGGAGAAGUUUGAAGGUCACGCGCAAGAACUGCCACGGGUAGCUUUCGAAGAUGAAUCCGUAGAUGUUCGGCAGGCUGCAUGGUGGGCUUUGGGAUUCAAAGGGGACAUUGGUGUGAGGCUUGUUCACAAGCAAUUGGCCUCGAGUGACUACUUUGAUAGCACAGAUACAAUGCUCACUAGGGCUCUUUUUGCAAUCAGAUGGAUGGGCUCAGAUGCUGACGAAAUCUUUGAUGACAAAGUUCUCGCUGUGAUCGAAAAGGUUGAGAAAGCAGAAAAAGAGCAACUUGAACCUGUUUGGCUCCAUACCUGGUCAGGAGUUGCAAAGUGGCUCUUGUAUUUUGGUCGACUGGACGGCCUUGCCAAGAUAUGGCCCAGUGCUCUAAAGAAUUGUAAGAACGAUGAGUGUCGACGAGUUUUACUGUCGUUGGCGGGCUACCUACAGGAACCUCAGGUAGUUGAUACCGUUGUAAACUUGCUAGUUUCCUACAAAGACCCAGGCGGUGUGAGAAGUUACGGCAUGUACCAUGACCCCUUCCUCGAUUCCGUGCUGGAGAGUGCUAGACUACUACUUCCGCAAUUUACAAGUGAACAUGUGAGUUCCAUUUGCAAUAUCGUUGAGAAACAAGAUGUAUCAGUUCGGACGCAGCUUUAUGCUUGUUGCUUGUUGGCAAACAUGAAAGAAGUUGGGAAGAGGCCUGCUCCCCCGGUGUCAUUUGUUGUAAAGCAAUUUCAACAUGAAGACCCACAGAUUCGCAACCUUGCCGCCCGAACCUUCGGAAUCUUUGGAACUAUCCCCGAAACUUUGCCUCAUUUGCCUUCAUUGUCCCAGCUACUGGAAGAUAGCGAUACAGUGCGCGAGGCUGCUGCUUGGGCCUUUGGCGAAUUCGAUGCGAUUCCACGCAUGAAAGAACACAUUCCAGCAUUACUGGCCUCGUGCACAAGCGCUCAGGUGUCCACCCAGUCGUCGUAUGGUUACAAUCGCGCGCCAUUUUUCGCACUUCAGAAGCUCGACAUUUUCAAGAAUGGCUUGGUUGAUGAAAAAGAUAAACGGCUGAUCCUUGAGAAUGCCUGGCGAGUGAAGGAGAGUGAAAAAAAGAUUCAGAUGAAAGCUUUAGACUGGGCAGACCUACUUCCACCAGAAGAAAUGGAACUAGACCUCGUCAAAGCACUGGCAUGGCUCAGCUUUAAGAAGGAAGUUCAAAUGAAUUCCUAUGGCUUUCUAGCUUCGUCACCUUGGUUUCACUUGCAGAAACUCAAGCAGAAGGGCGCCAAGGCUGUGGAGGAUUUGCUGACUGAAAAGGAUCCUUCAGAUCUUGAUUUCAGGAAGCUUCUGACUUGCAACAUCGAUUCAAUCAACGUGCUGGAGCAGAAUGAUCCAAGAAUUCUUGCCCUGUGCUCCUACAUGCUACAUGGCGAGUGGGGCCUCCGAUCAGCUGCCGGACGCGCUUUGUCUCGCUGUUUUGGGAAGGCGGUGGUGAAUCUGCCGGAAGUUCAGGGCAUUUUGCCCGCGCUGGUGCUCACACAAUCCACCAGAACCGGUAGCAGCACAAUUCCCAAGGUUUUCCUGACUCCAAGGGCAAUGAUGCAGGAAAAUGGUUUUUAAUUCAUCAUUAGAUGUCCCAAGUUUUAGAUAUGUGCAUAUGUAGUCUGUCCCAGUACGUCUGAAAAUGGGGUACGGUACGUCUGAAAAUGGGAGAUGGCCUAAAUGUAUUUGUGUUUGAAGUUUCACUCAACGUUGCUGGUGAGGGACAUCCAUCAGCUGGCCCUUGUCAAGCAAGUGGGUCAGCCAGCAGUGGGCCACAGAUGCCCAUGUUUGCGUGCCUGCGUGUUUGC